AUGUUCUUAUCCAAGACGAAUUCUCUUCUAAGAUCAAACAUAUCCACAGGUUAUAUUGAGGACUGUAUUCAUUGUAUCAAACAAAGAAAGCAAUGUUUAUGCGUACUAAAUUUGCAUAAAUACAGCAAUUAUAUACAUACCAAAUGGAGUCCUACAUGUACCAUUAUAUGUACAAAUGAAGAAAGAUCAAAUAGAAAUAAUGGACCUAAUGUACAAUUUACAAAGAACCUUUGGUACUGGUCAAGUUUGAACAGAAAAUUCUGUUCAAAGAAUGUACCAAAGGAUGCCAAUGUCUUUGGAGAUCUUGCAUAUGAAAGAUUUGAAAGAGUUGAAAUGGAUAAAGCAGAAGAAGAAGAAGAAAGGUACAUAGAAAAUGAUGCAAGAGUGCCAAGGUGGCAAAAAUUAAGUCACGGUCAAUAUUGCAAGCUUAUUAAAUCUCAUAUAGCGAAAGGAGAUUUGGAUCUAGCAUUAAGUGUAUUAGAUUUAGUGAAGAAAAAUCGUGACCAACCCACUGUAUAUAUGUAUAGUUUGUUAAUUUAUGGAUUUGCUCACCAAGGAAUGGUGGAUCAAUGUUUCAAGCUCUACAACAAAUUGUUGAAACGUGGUUUAAUUCCUAAUUCAGCAAUAUAUAAUAGUUUAAUUAAUGCUUGUGCUACAUCAGAAAAUACAACUAAAGCAUUGGAAUAUUUGCAGACCUUGAGAGAAAAAUUUUAUGAGAAAAACAUUGUUUUAAAUGAGACACAUUUUAUAACUCUUAUAAAAGCUUAUAGUUGGCAUAAACAACUUAUGACUGCUUUUGAACUAGCAGAUGAAGCAAGGGAUAAACAUUUUUUCUCAAACAGAAUAUAUUCUGUUCUAUUUCAUGCAGCAAUCAGUGAUAAAAAGAAUGGAUUAAAAUAUGCUUUAAUUUUGUGGCAUCAAAUGAAGAAACAUAAACUAAAACCAAGCAUAUUUCAUUAUAAUCUGCUUCUUAGAGCAAUCAGAGAUACAGAGUUUGGAGAGUUAAAUUUGAAUGAUUGCCUAAUACCUAACUCAUCGAGUACUCAAAUUCUGCUUAAUGAAACAGGAAAUUCAGACUUAUUAGAUUCUCCACCAGUAUUAAAUAUUUCAGUUCUCAACUUAAUCAGGGAUGAACUACAAGAUAAAUAUAACAACCAUAGUGUAGAAAAUAAUGAUUCCAAAGCAGUUGUAGCUGAAAACAAUGUAAUAUUAUCUGAAAAUUUGAACAAGAUAUUAGAAAAGAAUCGAUUAAUUUUCUUUGGUGGAAUAGAGUUGUUAUUAAAAAGAAUGGAAAGUGACAAUGUAACACCUGAUAUCAGAACAAUGACAUUGCUUGUAGAAUUACUUCCACCUUCUUUAGAAGCAGAAAGGCAGUUGCUUAAGUAUAUUGCUAAAGAAAAAAUUGAAGUAGAUAUAUGUUUCUUUAAUAUCCUUAUGAAAAGAAGAAAUUAUAGAAAACAGUAUAAAGAGGCAAAGGAGAUUCUUGCUGACGUACAGAGGCAUCAUCUUUCACCAGAUAUUAUGACUUUUGGAAUACUAGCCAUGGGAUGUACACAGCUAAGAAAUGGAAUUGAACUAUUAGAACAAAUGGAUAAUAUUGGUUUUGUACCAAAUUAUGUAGUUUUAGGAGCAUUAAUACGCACAGCAACUUAUAGUAAAGAUUUUAGAUAUAUAGAAUUUUUACUGAAUUACAUAUUAGAAAAUAAGGUGAAACCAUCUAAGUUUAUAUUUGAAACAUUAGAAAACUUUGAAACACUGAUUUUACAGUAUCUAAAAAUAAAGAAUAGAUACAACCGUAAAGAGCUACGGCAGCUACAAAGAGAUUACAACUAUUUCAAAAUUUUCUAUGAGGAAUGGAAAGAAAAAAUGCAACAAAAUGUUGUGAAAAUGACAAAGAAACAAUAAGAAACUAAUAAUAUUGUCCUGUUGGUUGUGCUCCACAUGUUUCUAAUGCUACAAAAUCAUCGACAUGAAGAGACGGAGGUCGCGAAGUGUUUGGUG